AUGUCCUCCCCUCAAUCAACCAGGGAAAAUUCAGCCCACGCUUCAGUUGACUUGACUGAUGAAGCAGUCACAAGCCUCCAAGGCCUUGAACUCGAGACACAGAAUCAACUCUCAGAGCUAGAGAACGACUACUAUCCUUCUAAUAGUGAGGAAUCCGAAGAUUCUGAUGACGAGGAAUUUGAACGCGCCGUUUCCUACAGCGUUGACCUCGUUUCCCAAGAAGACGCCGUUAACAAUGCCCCGGUAUAUACUCGCUCCCUCCUCGAAGCCUUGAAGACACACGUUAACCAUAUCAACCAAGAAUUUUUGAUUCCUCCUAUCCAGCGCACUCUCAAAAAGAUCUACGCACCAGGUCCGAAGGGCAAGCAGCCUAAGAUCUGGGACUCUUGCGGAAAGACAUGUGACAACAGCAUACAAGUUCAUUACUUCGCACCCGUAGAACUGUACCCAGGUUUCCAGCGACUAUACGGCUCACAAACCAGGCAAAUCUGCCUUAUGCGCCGCUACAACCGGUCAGAAAGCAGCAAAUAUGCCAACGAGGAAGAGCACUUCACCUUUCCCUACGCCAUCGCCACCCAUGCGCGCCUCCGCCUGCGAGACCUCUUCGCCUCGCUCGCAAAAACCCACGCCCCAAUCACGAAAGUCAUCUGUUUCGGUCUCGGCGCAAUCAACUUGGACAAAGCUUUCUACCGAUCCAGUAUACAACACAUGGCCAUGUUUACCAUCAUCGCUGCCCUACAAGAUGAGUACAAGAAGACAGAUGCAUCGCGCGCUGGUAUCAAGCUUCUGCUCCAGGAUCCUAAUUACGAGAUUAGGGAUCAUCUGCUACUCCAGCGACUCUGGCCGGGGAAAAAGGAAGACCUGGUCUUCGUUUCUGAUCCAGAUGGUCUGCUAGCUAUUGAUGCAGGCAUGAUUGUGGCAUCUGUAUAUCUCUCCAUUCAGGUGCCUUUGGUGCAAAUCAUCGCGAAUUUGUUCAAAGGGGAGUCUGAAGCAGGGCCAGCGAUGAUUAUUGGGGAUAAGAUGAAUGUUGAUCCGGCAAAAGCGUCGUAUUCGCUGCAAGAACGUGGAGCACCUCAUGUCGCGCGUUUCUUGAGCCAGCGGUAUGAGAAGAUAGAUAGUGGGUUUGAAGACCACGGGCUGGAGGACGAGUUCGGAGACGAUGUUUUUGGGAAGCGCUGGAUGCAUCGGAACCAGUUUUACUGGCUCAAUGAUAUGGAACUUUGGGCGAAGGUGUCUAGGGAGCAGUGA